AUGCGUAUUCCCGUAGACCCGAGCACCAGCAGGCGCUUCACACCCCCCUCCACGGCCUUCCCCUGCGGUAAGAUGGGCGAGAACAGCGGGGCGCUGGGGGCCCCCGCACCGGGCGCCCGGGCUCGGCCCGAGGUCCGCUCCGUCGUGGAUGUACUGGCCGACCACGCCGGCGAGCUGGUGCGCACCGACAGCCCCAACUUCUUGUGCUCGGUGCUGCCGUCCCACUGGAGGUGCAACAAGACGCUGCCCGUCGCCUUCAAGGUCGUAGCCCUCGGAGAUGUGCCCGAUGGGACGGUGGUCACGGUGAUGGCAGGGAACGACGAAAACUACUCGGCGGAGCUCCGCAACGCCUCCGCCGUGAUGAAAAACCAAGUAGCAAGAUUUAACGACCUCAGAUUUGUUGGGAGAAGCGGCAGGGGAAAAAGCUUCACCCUGACGAUCACCGUGUUCACCAACCCCACCCAAGUCGCUACCUAUCACCGAGCCAUUAAAGUGACUGUAGACGGACCCCGGGAGCCACGAAGGCACAGACAAAAGCUAGAAGACCAAGCCAAACCCUUCACCGACCGCUACGGGGAGCUGGAACGGCUGCGCCAGUCCAUGAGAGUCACCCCAACAACACCCAACCCCCGCGGAUCCCUCAGCACCCCAAGCCACUUUGGGUCCCAGGCUCAAACUCCAAUACAAGGCACGUCAGAUCUGAGCCCCUUCUCUGACCCCCGGCAGUUCGAUCGCUCCUUCCCGACGCUGCCGACUCUCACCGAGACCAGGUUCUCCGACCCGCGGAUGCAUUACCCCGGCGCCAUGUCCACUGCCUUCCCUUACACCGCGACGCCCUCCGCCACGGGCAUCGGGGGCAUCAGCAUGACCAGCAUGCCCACCACGACGCGUUUCCACCACACUUACCUGCCGCCCCCCUACCCCGGCUCCACGCAAAACCAAAGUGGACCCUUUCAGGCCAACCCCUCUCCCUACCAUUUGUACUACGGCACGUCUUCGGGCUCCUACCAGUUCUCCAUGGUGGCGGGCGGCGAGCGCUCCCCCACCCGGAUGCUCUCUUCUUGUACAAGUGCCUCAGCGGGGAACAACUUAAUGAAUCCCAACCUGGGCAAUCAGAACGACGGGGUGGAUGCGGAUGGGAGCCACAGUAACUCACCGACGACCAUGACGACUACUGGGAGGAUGGAUGAGUCGGUCUGGAGACCCUACUAG